UCAGACUCACAGCAGCAGCAGCAACAUGCCUGAAGCUGAUGUAACGUACGCUGACGUGAAGUUCACAACGCCGAGGUCCAGAGGUAAUGUCGCAGCAGAGGACAUCACCUACUCUGAGGUCAAGAUCUCUAACAAACAGCAACCAGCAAACAUCCAACAGUCCGGCUCCAGCAGGAGGUCAAAGGUCACCCCAGAGCGUCUGGUUCUGCUGGGUCUCGUUGUUCUGUUGGCAGCGGCUCUCGUCGCUCUUGGAGUCGCCUUCAUUCAGACCAAUCAGAUUCUCCAAAAAGAAGAGAAAGAAACUCAGAGGAGAAAUCUCUCAGAUAUAAAACUUGGGAGUACAAGUUUUACACCUGCAUGUCCAACAUGUCCAACAUGUCCAACAUGUCCAACAUGUCCAACAUGUCCAACAUGUCCUCCACCUCCUGCAGUAAAAAAGGAAACAUGCCUGAAGUGUGAAGCAGGAUGGGAGCCACAUGGAGGAAACUGUUAUUAUUUGUCCACCAUCAGAUCCUCCUGGACUGACAGCAGACGUUCCUGCGUUGAUCAGAAAUCAGACCUGGUGAAGAUCGACAGCAGAGAGGAGCAGGUGUACCUGGAGAGCAGACUGAGAGGCUUGAUGGAGCAAGGUGAGGAUAAGUUCUGGAUCGGACUCACGGACUCAGUGGAAGAAGAAAAAUGGAUCUGGGUGGACGGAUCACCUCUAAUUGAAAGUUUGAGCUUUUGGUCCMAMAAGGAGCCUGACAACUGGGAAAAUAAUGGUCAGAAUCCAGCUGGAGAAGACUGUGUGAGGAUGGGAGAGAGAGGAGGAACUCAUGAUCUGAWGUGUUGGUUUGAUAAAGCCUGUAAUUAUCCUCAGAAAAGUAUCUGUGAGAAACCAGCAGCACCAGAUCAUCUGUGUCUGAAGUUCAGCUCAGUUUAUAAAACAAUCUGAACCAAAAACCUGCAGAGAUUCUGGUUCUAUAAACAUUUAAACUUUUCUUCAGUCGUGUUGAAACAUCAAAUUCUCCUUUUUAAUGAUUCUUUCUAUCAGCUUUAGUUAUUCUCUGAUCUGCAGCAGCAGCAGACCACCAAGAGAAAAACUCUGAGUUACAAACAGGAACCUGGAAGRACCUGCAGCAGAACUUUUCCAUCAGACUUUAACAGAGGAUUUAUUUCUGCUUCUGGUUCUAACGGGUCUGGAUCCUGCAUGUGACUCGGGUCAGAACAUUUCUGAGGCUCUGCAGCUUCUGAUGAUCCAUCAUASRGAGCAGAACAUGUGGAGAACCAGAACAUCUCUACUGGGUUUACUGGUUCAGAUCCUCCUUAACAGCAGCUAAAACUGAAUCAGUUCAUGUUCACAGUUCACCUGCUGAACUGAAUCUCCCAACAUAAAGUAGUUCCUGUAGCUUCAUCAGUUUAUCUCAUGUGUAAAUCUUUGCAUGGUGUCAUAUGGAUGAUGGUUUCUGCAGCAGGACUCGUCAUGUUUCCAUGUAGAAAAUAAAGAUCAGAUCCACCAUCAGAGCUSCAGCUUUCAUGUUAUCAGCUUCAAGCAGCAGCUGCUCAUGUAACUAUGAAUAAACUUAUUAACUACAUGAA